UGUUGUUUUCCUUUUAUUUCCUCGGCCGUGACCGUUCGAACACUUCGGUCGUGUGUGCUACCCCGAUAAAACACGGAAAUUAGUCACUCACUCACGACAACACCAAAGGUUGCAAUAAUUUUCACGUUUUUAUGUAUACAAGUAGCGAAGGGAAUUCUUCAAAUAUUGUAUAUAUUGCAGUCUGAUUGCUGUUGAGACUCGACGUGAAUAAUAGCGGGGUGGGGCGGCAAGAACACAUUUUCUACAGGAAGAGAUACAGCGAAUCAUGAGUGACGAGAGUGAUGAAGACGUUAUAUUUGAGGGUAGUCCAAUCUACAAACACUUACAAGAGAUAGGCUAUACUGAUUUUGAAGCAGAAGCUGCCUUGUCACACAGUUUGGCAGAAUUUUCAGAAGAAGCUCCAAACAUGAAAGAGACAAAGGAAAGAUUGAAAAGAGAAAUAAUUCGUUGUGUAACAGAGAGUAAACUGAUUAACUACAGUGAUCAGCUGCUUUUGGAACACUUCCUACCAGAAGGCAAGCAUAUCUUGGAUCAUGAUAGCCAUAAUGUAACCAGCUUCUCCAAGUGGCCUCGAAGCUUAGCAAGCAUUGCAGCUGUAGGGUGUAUCCCAAUUGGAUUGGUGAUAUCAAACAGUCUUUUACUCUUCUGUUCUUCUAUAGCCAUUUGGAGUUCAGUGUUUGCCCUCAGUUCACCCAUAGUAUGGUGCCUUUUGCAAGAUUUGUGAGUAGACUAAAAGCAGUUUGUGGUUAUCUUCAUAAUGCUAAACCCUAAAGCCUUUUGUGUGCAUGAAUAUAGCAAAAUACAUUGUUAUGGCAGGUAAUACAGAAGUAAUAGUUGUGCCAUGAGAAAUUCUUAAAAGUUUCAUGUAAUCAAGAUUGUCAGUAUUUGAUAUUGAUGGUUUUGGCAUUACCAUGUGAUUUUUAGAACUUUAUGACAUACUUAUAACAAACUACUGUUGACAUAAAUGUUAUCUUGUAACUGCUGCUAAGCUCACCACUGAACUUGUUAGGCUGUAACACCUGGCAAAUCCAAGCAUUGAAGCAAAGUAGUCUGUUAAUAAUGGUAAUGCAUACAUUACUAUAGUUAAGUUAACCAGAAAAGGUUAUAUUAUUAAAGAGUUGCUGUUUUUUCAGUACAUGGUGGAGGUAAUUGAAGAUGGAAAGGAAAUAGAUAAACUUGUACCCACACAGACAUUCAUCC